UCGGUUUCCUGACACUGUUCCGUCCCGGCCGUGGUUCCUGUCUUGUGGCUGUUGGCUGCAUCCCGUGCAGGCGAUCUUCUCUACUACUACUCGGCCUUCUUUACUCAGGGACCCUUCUCCCCUCACAGCUCUCACCCCUCACAGCCUUUUCUCACCUCACACCCUCUGCAGCCCCAUUACCUCAGUCCCACCUUGACCUCUCUCUGGCCUCCGUCUGCCUCUCCAUGGCUUGGCUGUGCCAGUAACAGCCCUUGGAGCUGGGACACCUCCCUCACACCCCCCAUACCACCUGCAGCACCUCACACAGCCCCCUCAGUGUCCCAGGCACUCCCGGCUCUCUCCCUGCCCUCAACACCCAUCCCUGUGCCCAGGUUUCACUGCUCCGGACCCUGCACUGCCAGCGAUCCAUGACCCAGUGGGAUUCCUUCAUGCCAACCCUCCGAUCCUUCAGGAGAGCAGGCUUGUCUUUAUCUGCUCCUCUCAAAAAUCUAGCAAGCAAGAUGUCUACUAAUGAGAAUGCCAAUACACCUGCUCGACUGAACAGGUUCAAGAACAAAGGAAAGGACAGCACAGAAAUGAGAAGGCGGCGCAUUGAAGUCAAUGUGGAGCUGAGGAAAGCUAAGAAAGACGACCAGAUGCUUAAAAGAAGAAAUGUGAGCACUUUACCAGACGAUGCGACUUCUCCCCUUCAGGAAAACAAGGGCAAUCAGGUUUUGGCACACUGGUCAGUUGAAGAAAUAGUCAAAGGAGUUAAUAGUAAUAAUAUGGAGCUGCAGCUACAGGCUACUCAAGCUGCCAGGAAACUCCUCUCAAGAGAGAAGCAGCCCCCAAUAGACAACAUAAUCCGAGCUGGUUUGAUUCCCAAGUUCGUGUCCUUCCUGGGCAGAGCAGAGUGCAGCCCCAUCCAGUUUGAGUCUGCCUGGGCACUCACCAACAUCGCCUCCGGCACCUCGGAGCAAACCAAGGCAGUGGUGGAUGGAGGGGCCAUUCCAGCCUUCAUUUCCCUGCUGGCCUCCCCCCACACCCACAUCAGUGAGCAGGCUGUGUGGGCACUGGGGAACAUCGCAGGGGAUGGCUCUGCCUACAGAGAUCUGGUUAUUAAAUACGGUGCAAUUGAGCCGCUGCUGAGUCUCCUCGCUGUUCCUGACCUCUCCUCCCUGGCUUCGGGAUAUCUGCGCAAUGUUACCUGGACCCUCUCAAACCUGUGUCGCAACAAGAACCCUGCCCCUCCCAUCGAAGCCAUCCAGCAGAUCCUGCCCACCCUGGUCCGCCUCCUGCACCACGAUGACCCUGAGGUGCUGGCAGACACCUGCUGGGCCAUUUCCUACCUAACAGACGGUUCCAAUGACAGGAUAGAAGUUGUUGUGAAAACCGGGUUGGUGCCACAACUUGUGAGACUCCUGGGGUGUAGUGAACUGCCAAUAAUGACUCCUUCAUUAAGAGCCAUAGGAAAUAUUGUCACUGGUACUGAUGAGCAGACACAGCUUGUUAUUGACUCAGGAGCACUUGCUGUCUUUCCAAGUCUCCUUUCCCACCAUAAAAACAACAUUCAGAAAGAAGCAGCCUGGACCAUGUCCAACAUCACUGCCGGGCGUCAGGAUCAGAUCCAGCGAGUGGUGGACCAUGGCCUGGUGCCUUAUCUCAUUGGCAUUCUGAGAAAGGGGGAUUUCAAGUCUCAGAAGGAAGCCGCGUGGGCUGUGACGAACUACACGAGCGGUGGGACAAUUGACCAGAUCGUGUAUCUUGUUCAGGCUGGUGUUCUUGAACCACUACUGAAUCUUCUCACAACUAAGGACAGCAAAACUGUGCUGGUUAUCCUGGAUGCUGUUUCCAAUAUCUUCCUGGCUGCUGAGAAGAUUAAUGAGACUGAAAAGCUUUGCCUCAUGAUUGAGGAGUGUGGGGGUCUAGACAAAAUUGAAGCUCUUCAGUCACAUGAAAAUGAACAAGUGUAUAGAGCCUCAUCCACCAUCAUUGAGAAAUAUUUCUCAGCAGAAGAGGAGGAAGACCAGAAUGUUGUACCAGACUCUACUGCUGACAGCUACACUUUCCAAAUCCAGGGCAACACCCCCAAUUCUUUCAACUUCUAGAUCUUGUAGAUACUGCAGCCACCUAGAAGUGGUUUUAGCACAUAAAUGACUGCCACCUCUUUGUCUUAAUAAUCCCUCUUGUUUUUACUGCCUUUUCUGUGUCCUGUAGCACUUUAUCCAACUGAAACAUACUUGAACAGUUCAAACUAUAUAUAUCUGUGAAUUCCCAACUGUAAAUGUCCUUCUCUGAGGUCUGCUUGUAAAUACUUCCUCUUUCUGUCCUUGUCAGGGGUAAGAAUGCAAGUUGAGCAAUACAGGCCUCUCACAGAGCAUGAGCCACCACUCUGCAGGCCUCUAACCUUCUACCUGACCUGUUGCUGUACAACACACAACAGGCUUUUAAAGAGGAUUUUACUUGAAGUUCAAUAAAGUGUUAUCAGUACAUCCAA